AUGCCUGACAUCGAAACUAAGUUGACAUACCUCGAAUGGCAAACCAGCUAUACCCAAACUCGACCAUAUCGAAUUGCCAAAUUCGGCCGCAGAAAUAAUGGUCUAAAGCCCCACAAUUUAGUCUUUCGCAAAGGAGACUCUCCUGAACUCAUCAAAGAUAUCAGAGACAUAAAGGACAAAUCGUUUGCCCUAGACACAAACGGCUUUGUGUAUGCGAGGCAUCCACCACCAAAAUUCACGCAGCCAAGCGAUUUCCUGGACCCAGAGCAGGUUCGAAAUAUCUUUUUACCGGAAUGUGAGGCAAUCUUGAGAAAGGAGAUUGAGGGAGUCGAUCGAGUUUUCAUUUUUGAUUGGAAGAUCAGAAAGAAGAAAAGCGCCAAGGAGCGACGAAAACGGAAUCCGAAUUUAUUGAAAUUUGCACGCCAAGUUCAUGUCGAUACUCUUCUUACUAGAGAUAAACGCGAGACAACCAUGGCCGAGCGCAUCCGCAAUCAUCUCCCUGAAGAAUCCCACCACCUGCUUUCUGGUCGAGUUCGAAUGAUCAAGUGA